ACCUUUCAACACGUGAUCAUUACAGAACCAUCUUCAGUGAUGAAGGGUAUUGCAAAAUUUGCAGUAUUUUUCCUCAUGCUGGUAUUUGCCCUUGCUGCCUACUUGCUUUUAAUUCCCUCUCUGAAUGAGACGAUUUUAAAAUUAAGUGAGUUGCCAAAUACACUGGCAAACUACAUGGGCAAUCCAGUUGGCACUGAUCAAAUUAAAUUACCAACAUCAAGCUACACAGUGUGUGUGAAAUGCCCACACCCAUCCACAGACCCGGGAAUCAUGUUUCUCCAGACGUCCAGUCAACUGAAUCCUUCCUCACUGGCCAUGUGUGGCAUUGAAUCAGCAGCAAGACUAAACCCAAACAAACCAGUUUAUUACUUCAUGAAAGCAUUCAAUGGGAAUAUAUCUGCAUAUCGAGAUCCUGAGUACAACGGCAUCCGUCUGCUUUCUUCAUUCAAGAACGUAAUCAUCUUGCCCUUGAAUCCUAAAGAAUUGUUCAACAACACGCCCUUGGCUGGAUGGUAUGAGAAGGUAGAUCCCAGCAAGGAAAGAUAUUGGUUCCAUGUCCUCGCUGAUGGCUGCCGGCUGGCCUUGCUGUGGAAGUACGGAGGCAUCUACCUGGACACGGAUAUCAUUUCACUCAAACCCUUGGAAUUCCAAAACUUUAUCGGUGCAGAAUCAGUACGUUUCGCAAAUAAUGCAGCUUUGGGAUUUAACCGCUCGCAUUCUUAUGUCGAGAGUUGCUUGAGGGAUUUUGUUGAGAAAUUCAAUGGAGCAGCUUGGGGCCAUCAGGGUCCUAGACUGAUGACCCGGAUGGUGAAGAAAUGGUGUGGGACUGACAAUCUUCAAAGCCUCUUCAACAAAGGAUGCAAAGGUAUUAUGUUCUUGUCUGACAACUGGUUUUACCCAAUUCCAUUCAGUGACUGGAAAAAGUACUUUGAAAAAAAUCAAUGGAACAACAACAGUGAUGAUAUUGAAAAGAAAUUCUCACAGACGAAGGGGGUACAUGUUUGGAGUUAUGCAUCCUCUCGCCAAAAAAUUCAAAUCAGAGGAAGUCACUCUUUAGUAGAAUACUUCUUCAGUACAUACUGUCCAAGCACAUAUGAAACUCUCCCCAAAUAGUGUGUGCUGUGAGUGUCAGUUUACAUAUUGCUUUGAAUUUUCCCCACUAAAUAACUACCUGUAACAAACCGAUCAUGAUGGGUGGCUCUCGGCCUCAUCUUACUCUAUCUUCAUCUGGAUCUUCCUACUGUCUUUCAGGCAUAGAAUGGAAGGGGACAAGUGGGAUCCUGCCUCGAGUUUUCCUCUCUAACUUUCUCCCAUCUUACCCCAUCACCUGCUCCCUCCUUCCCCCAAAUAAUCCUGGAAACCAUCUCCCAUUUUAAUAAAAAGUAAAAGACUGCAGAUGCAGGAAAUGUGAAACAAACACCAAGAACACGGGAAAAACUGAGCAAAGGAGUUCUGGACCCAGCGCUGUAUCUCUUCCUCCACAGAUGCUGAGAGAUUUGGUGAGCUCCUCCCACAUUCUCUGUCUGAUUUUAUUUUUUGUAAAGCUAAGUGCAAAAUCCUGGGAAAGUGUGCAGUAAAAAUUACCAAGAUACACUGGCCCUUAGGUAUUAUCACUGGGCUAAUAAUUUAAAGGUACAGGUGAAUAGCAUGUGGACACGGGGUCAACUCCCACCAUGGAAUUUAAAUUCAGUUAAUUAACUUGGAUUGGAUGAUUGCUGUAAAAAUCCAUUUGGUCUUAGAAUGUUUUCAGGGAGAGAAAUCUGUCAACCUUACUUGGUCUGGCCUAGGUGUGACUCCAUAGCCAUUUCCCUGACAUGGCUCAGUGAGCUACUUACUCCAUCAUAUUAAACCACUACAAAGCCUAAAAAAAGGAAUGAAACCAAAUGGACCACUAGACAUUGCCCCAACUGGUGUUAACAUCCAGAACUAUAGUGCUAGCUCUAUCUAGCCUGUAACCUCCUUCUUACUAAUAUCUGUGGAUUUGUGCAAAGUGGGAGACUGUCUCACUGACGUAUAGAGCAAUGCACUGACAGUUGUAUGUCAUAGAUGACAGGUGAAAUUGUGAGAUCAGCUAGGAGGAAAAAGAAAGCAUUCAUAAAAUCUAGGCGACUGAAGACAAAUGAAGCUUUAGAAGAAUAAUGGGAAUGUAGGACCAAUCUUAAAUUCGGAGUUAAGAGGGCUAAAAGGGGUCCAUGAGAUAUCUUUAGCAAUCAGGAUUAAGGAAAAUUCCAACGCCUUUUAUUCAUAUAUAAGGAACAAGAGGGUGGCUAGUGAAAGGGGUGGCCCACUCAAGGACAAAGGAGGAAAGUUAUGUGUGGAGUCAGAGAAAAUGGGUGAGGUUCUUAACGAGUACUUUGCAUCGGUAUUCACCAAGGAGAGGGACAUGACUGAUGUUGAGAUUAGUGAUAGAUGUUUGAUUACUCUAGGUCAAAAGUCAGCAUAAAGAGGGAGGAGGUGUUGAGUAUUCUAAAAGGCAUUCAGGUGGAUAAGUCCCCAGAUCUAGAUGGCAUCUACCUGAGUUUACUGAGGGAAGCAAGAGAGGAAAUAGCUGAUAUUUAACAAAUAUAUUUGAACACAUGUGAUGUCCCAGAGAUUGGAGAAUUGCUCAUAGAACAUUACAGUGCAGUACAGGCCCUUCGGCCCUCGGUGUUUCGCUGACCUGUCAUACCAAUCUGAAGCCCAUCUAACCUACACUAUUCCAUGUACGUCCAUAUGCUUGUCCAAUGACGACUUAAAUGUACUUAAAGUUGGCGAAUCUACUACCGUUGCAGGCAAAUCAUUCCAUACCCUUACUACUCUCUGCGUAAAGAAACAUCUGUCCUAUAUCUAUCAUCCCUCAAUUUAAAGCUAUGCCCCCUCGUGCUCGCCGUCACCAUUCUUAGAAAAAGGCUUUCCCUGUCCACCCUAUCUAACCCUCUGAUUAUCUUACAUGCCUCUAUUAAGUCACCUCUCAAACUUCUUCUCUCUAAUGGAAACAGCCUCAGGUCACUCAGCCUUUCCUCGUAAGAUCUUCCCUCUAUACCAGGCAACAUCCUAGUAAAUCUCCUCUGCGCCCUUUCCAAAGCUUCCACAUCCUUCUUAUAAUGCAGUGACUAGAACUGUACACAAUACUCCAAGUGCGGCCGCACUAGAGUUUUGUACAGCUGUAGCAUAAUCUCAUGGUUCCGGAACUCGAUCCCUACAUUAAUAAAAGCUAAAACACUGUAUGCCUUCUUAACAACCCUGUGAACCUGGGCGGCAACUUUCAAGGAUCUGUGUACCUGGACACCAAGAUCACUCUGCUCAUCUACACUACCAAGAGUCUUACCAUUAGCCCAGUACUUUGCAUUCCAGUUACUCCUACCAAAGUGAAUCACCUCACACUUGUCCGCAUUAAACUCCAUUUGCCACCUCUCAGCCCAGCUCUGCAGCUUAUCUAUGUCUCUUUGUAACCUACAACAUCCUCCGUCACUAUCCACAACUCCACCGACCUAAGUGUCAUCUGCAAAUUUACUAACCCACCCUUCUACGCCCUCAUCCAGGUCAUUUAUAAAAAUGACGAACAGCAGUGGACCCAACACUGACCCUUGUGGUACACCACUGGUAACUGGACUCCAGGAUGAACAUUUCCCAUCAACCACCACCCUCUGUCUUCUUUCAGCAAGCCAAUUACUGAUCCAAACUGCUAUAUCUCCUACAAUCCCAUUCCUCCAUAUUUUGUACAAUAGCCUACUGUGGGGAACCUUAUCGAACGUCGUGCUGAAAUCCAUAUACACCACAUCAACUGGUUUACUCUCAUCUACCUGUUUGGUCACCUUCUCAAAGAACUCAAUAAGGUUUGUGAGGCACAACCUACUCUUCACAAAACCGUGCUGACUAGCCCUAAUCAAAUUAUUCUUUUCUGGAUGAUUAUAAAUCCUAUCUCUUAUAACCCUUCCAAAUACUUUACCAACAACUGAAGUAAGGCUCACUGGUCUAUAAUUACCAGGAUUGUCUCUACUCCCUUUCUUGAACAGGGGAACUACAUUUGCUAUCCUCCAGUCUUCUGGCACUAUUCCUGUAGACAAUGACGAUUUGAAGAUCAAUACCAAAGUCUCAGUAAUCUCCUCCCUGGUUUCCCAGAGCAUCCUAGGAUAAAUCCCAUCCGGCCCAGUGGACUUAUCUAUUUUCACACUCUGCAGGAUUUGUAAUACCUCUUCCUUGUGAACCUCAAUCACACCUCAUCUAGUAUCCUGUAUCUCAGUAAUCUCCUCGACAACAUUGUCAUUUUCUAGAGUUGAAAAAUAUUCAUUGAGAGCUUCCCCUAUCUCCUUUGACACCACACACAACUUCCCACUACUAUCCUUGAUUGGCCCUAAUCUUACUCUCAUCAUUCUUUUAUUCCUUAAAUACCUAUAGAAAGCCUUAGGGUUUACCCUGAUCCUAUCCGCCAACAACUUCUCAUGUCUCCUCCUGGCUCUUCUGAGUUCUCUCUUUUGGUCUUUCCUGGCUACCUUGUAACCCUCAAAAACUCUAACUGAGCCUUCACAUCUCAUCCUAAUACAGCCUUCUUGUUCCUCUUGACCAGAGAUUUCACUUCCUUUGUAAACCACGGCUCCUGCGCUCUACAGCUUCCUACCUUCCUAACAGGUACAUACUUAUAGAGGACACACAGUAGCUUUUCCUUGAAUAAGCUCCACAUUUCUAAUGUGCCUAUCCUCUGCAGUUUCCUUCCCAUCUUGCCCAAUCGCAUUGUAAUUGCCUUUCCCCCAGCUGUAACUCUUGCCCAGUGGUAUACACCUAUCCCUUUCUAUCACUAAAGUAAACAUAACAGAAUUGUGAUCACUCUUACCAAAGUGCUCACCUACUUCCAAUCUAACACCUGGCUGGGCUCGUUACCCAGUACCAAAUCUAAUGUGGCUUUGCCCCUUGUUGGUCUGUCUACAUACUGUGUCAGGAAGCUCUCCACACACUGGACAAAACUGACCCAUCUAUAGUACUCGUACUAUAAUGUUCCCAGUCAAUAUUUGGAAAGUUGAAGUCCCCCAUGACAACUAUCCUGUCUCUUUCACUCCUAUCGAGAAUCACCUUUGCUAUCCUUUCCUGUACAUCUCUGGAACUAUUCAGAGGCCUAUAGAAAACUCCCAAGAGGGUGACCUCUCCUGUCCUGUUUCUCACUUCAGCCCAUACUACCUCAGUCAAUGAGUCCCCAAACAUCCUUUCCGCAACUGUAAUACUAAUCUUGACUAACAAUGCCACACCUCCCCCUCUUUUACCAUCUUCUCUGUUCUUACUGAAACAUCUAAAUCCUGGAACCUGCAACAACCAUUCCUGUCCCAUGUCUUUGAAAUGGCCACAACAUCGAAGUCCCAGGUACCAACCCAUGCUGCAAGUUCACCCACCUUAUUCCUGAUGCUCCUGGUGUUGAAGUAGACACACUUCAAACCAAUUUCUUGCUUGCUGGUGGCAUCUUGCAUCCUUGAAAUUUGAUUUUGGACCUCCCUACUCCUUUUUCUAUACUUGAACUACAAUUUUGGUUCCCAUCCCCCUGCUGGAUUAGUUUUCUCCUUGUUUAGAAGGGUAACUGGAAUAAACCAGUUAAUUAUAGACCAGUGACCCUGGCAUCAUAGCUAGUGCCCUCCAUACUAGGUAAUAUCCUGGUUAACCUCCUCUGCACCCUCUCCAAAACAUCCACAUCCUUUUGGCAAUGUGGUGACUAGAACUAUGCGCAGUAUUCCAAAUGUGGCUAAACCAAAGUCUUAUACAUGACCUGACAACUUUUGUACUCAAUACUCCGUCCAAUGAAUGAAAGCAUGCCAUAUGCCUUCUUGACCACUCUAUUGACCUGUGUCGCCUCCUUAAGUGUACAAUGGACCUGAAUACCCAGAUCUCUCUGCAUAUUAAUUUUCCCCACGGCUUUUCCAUUUACUAUAUAAUUCGCUUUUGAAUUGGAUCUUACAUAAUGCAUCAUUUCUCAUUUGCCCAGAUUGAACUCUAUCUGCCAUUUCUCUGCCCAACUCUCCAAACUAUCUAUAUUCUGCUGUAUUCUCUGACAGUCCCCUUCAUUAUCUGCUACUCCACCAAUCUUAGUGUCAUCUGCAAACUUGCUAAUCAGAUCUGCUAUACCUUCCUCCAAAUCAUUUACAUAUAUCACAAACAACAGUGGUCCUAGUAUGGAUCCCUGUGAAACACUACUGGUCACAGGUCUCCAUUUUGAGAAACUUCCUUCCACUACUACUCUCUGUUUCCUGUUGCCCAGCCAGUUCUCUAUCCAUUUAGUUAGUACGCCCUGGACCCCAUGAAACUUCUCCAUCAACUUGGCCAUGGGAAAUCUUAUUAAAUGCCUUACUGAAGUCAAUAUAUAUGACAUCUACAACCCUUCCCUCAUCAAUCAACUUUGUCACUUCGUCAAAGAAUUCUGUUAAGUUGGCAAGACAUGACCUUCCUUGCACAAAACCAUGUUGCCUGUCACUGAUAAGACCAUUUUCUUCCAAAUGGGAAUAGAUCCUAUCCCUCAGUACCUUCUCAGUAUCUGGAGCGGGUGCAGAGGAGGUUCACCAGGAUGCCUGGUAUGGAGGGCACUGGCUAUGAAGAGAGUUUUAGUAGAUUAGGAUUAUUUUCAUUAGAAAGACAGAGUUUGAGGCGGGAACUGACUGAGGUCUACAAAAUCAUGAGAGUUAUAAAUAGGAUGGAUAGCAAGAGGCUUUUUCCCAGAGUAGGAGUCACAAUUACUCGGGAUCAUGAGUUCAAAGUCAGAGUGGAAAGGUUUAGGGGAGAUAUAUGUGAAACUUUCUUUACACAGAGGGUGGUGGGAGCUUGGAACAUGUUGCCAGCAGUGGUGUUGAGGUUGGCACGAUAGCAUCAUUUCAGAUGUAUCUCGACACUGUGGGACAUCAGCAUCAGGAAAAUUACAUUGAACAACAAUCAGUAUCAUCAUGGCCUGAAUAAUCCCCAUCCUGCCAUGAACACUAAGGAUUCAAACUGAUUCACCAAAAAUUGCAGGAGGAUAGAAGGUAAUUUUCUGUAUGGU